UUUAUUCGUUUCUCCGAGUUCGUCGAGAGAGGUUUGCUCUGAUCGGUAGCGCUAUAUUUAAAACCCUAGUGCGCAGUGCGCUCAUAUCCAAAAAGGUUAAUAAACAUCGUUGUAACAACGACUGCAAGUUGUAAAGACAAACAUAAUACAAAAGUGCUGCAGCUAACUCAUACAAAAACUACAACGAGAGGCGGAAACGUUUCGUUUUGUGAGGGGACUUGCAGUGUAGUGUGUUCAAAUCACCAUUCAAACACAGUGACCAAGUGCUAUUGGAUCAAGGCAUUUGUUUAUAAUUAUUUUAUAAACAAUUGCAGCGUGAAAUUUCACUUUUGAAGGCAACAAGACGUAAAAUAAGCUGCAGCACAACGCACACAACGGACACUCGCUCUGAACACAUACACACACGCUCUCGUGUGGAGACCGUGAUUUGUAUUCGUGUGGAGACUGCCUCUCUCUCUUUUGGGGCUGUCCGAACACAAAGUUUUGGCGCCAAAAGUUUGACAGUUCGCUUUGGCGUGUAAUUCGCAAACAAGUGGCAAGAAAAGUGCGUCUCAAAACAGAGUAGAAAACACUAGGGGAUCGCAAAAUAUAUAUUGACUAGUAAAUCAACAUGGUCAGCGCCCGUGUCCUGAAUCCUGUGAUGAUCAGUGAGUUCUGCAAGAUGAGCACCAGUCCGGCGGUGAGUCGCAAUCUGGCCUGCGGUCGUCAGUUGAAUCGCAUAAAGCGUGACCUCUUCGGUAGCUCCAAAUCCGCUGAGGGUACAGCCAACAAAACACCCUUUAAUUCCGAACUGGAGCGCCAUCAGGAACGGGCCACGCAAAAAUGGGGCUUUGACUUCCGCGCCGGUUGCCCUUUAGCCGAAAAAUCACCCUACAUUUGGGAGCGCGUCAGCUUCCAGGAGUCGAGCUUCGCCCCAGAGAUGUACACCCUAACCCGGGCCGCCCACGUACGUCCUUCCGCGGAUGCAAGUCCUAGCGACAUGGACAUUUUGGUCAACGAGCGCUCAGAACGGGAGAACUUUGGCUCCAAUCUGGUCAAUUCCUCGCUAGAGUCAAACACGGAUAAUGAAUCCUGCUACGACUCCCAGGACGAGUCGCUGACCAUGCGGUUUAGCUCCUCCAGCACGACAAACACAUCCUCCAUAGUCCUGCGCAAGAGACAACCAAAAAUCACAGAGUUCAUGAAGGAGCGUAAGCGUCUGGCCCAGGCACCCAAGAAACUAUCGCCCGCAAAGCGACUGCGCACCAGUUCUCCCAGUUCGUCCGCCACUUCCAGCUCCAGCGGUGGAUUUGGGUUGGGGGCACACUUUGGGGCGAUGGUGAAGCGGCCGCGCCACAACUAAUGCUCCAGAUUCGCUGGCCAACCCACCGAAUUGUAAUUUGUAAUUUUAUUUUUUACAAGCCACUGCGAUUGUGUAGUAUUUCCUAAUUUUUU